AUGGAUGCGAGAGUGUAUGAGGAUUUGAAGAAAGAGAAUAAACAGUUAGCAAUGUAUCCACUGUGCAUAACUAUUAAUGAUAAGAGCAUUGACAACUGUGUAUCUAAUGAAAGUUGUAUUCUAGGAGAGGUUUUGCAACUUGGAUACACAAGUCAGUUUAAUUCUAUGGAAACAGUUGGGUGUGUAGACUUGGCGUCUUCAAGUUAUGGCAAGGCUGUUGCUGUAUUUGAAAAAGACACCAAUCUAAUUAUUGAAGACAAGAACCAAAAAGACAUUGUUGUUGAUCAAGGCUGCAAGAACAAAGAUACAUUAAAGGUUGUGAUGACAAAUUAUGCAAUUUCAAAUAGGCUCAAUUUCUGUACUGAGAGGUCUAAUGCGAAAAGCUAUACACUUGUAUGUGUGUCCGAAGAAUGUGAUUGGAAAUUCAGGGCAUCAAGUGUUGGAAAAUCCAAAAUGUUCAGAAUUAGAGAGUUCCGUGACAAGCAUACAUGUCCGCUAAAGGAUAAGGUGUAUUCGCAACGGCAUGCUACAAGUUGGUUAAUAGGUGGGAUUGUUAAACCAAAAGUAGCCAAUCAUAAGAGGAAAUAUACACCUGAUGGCAUAACGGAUGAUGUCUUCAAUGAUCUUGGCAUGAAUGUGUCUUACAUGGUCGCUUGGCGGGCUAAAGAAAGGGCUAUGAAGGACUUAAUAGCAUUGUAUGCAUUUAUCAAGGGCUUUGAGUGUUGUAGACCCAUUGUGGUAGUAGACGGGAGCCACCUAAAAACAACAUACAAUGGCACAUUCGUUUCAGUAAGCACACUAGACGAUGCAGGUAAUAUAUACUUCCCUUAUCAUAUGUUCAGGGAAGACUAUGGAGUUAAAAAGAAUAUGUGUAUCGUAUCCGAUAGGCAUGAAAACAUAAACAAAGCUGUAUCUAGAAUUUAUGCAAAUGUUCCGCAUUACGCGUGCAUAUGGCAUUUGUGGGGUAACGUAUGUAAGAAUUACAUGAAGAGUAAAGAUGUUUUGAGUCCAGUGUUUUAUGCAAUGGCAAAGGAAUACACACAGGAUGAAUUUGAUGAGUUGAUGGGGAAGGUUGAGAAGGCAGAUAUUCGGAUAGCAGAGUAUUUGAAAUUAGCUGGAAGAGAAAAGUGGGCUAGAGUGUAUGCAUCUGUUAACCGAGGACGGACUAUGACUUCGAACAUAGCAAACUGUCUUACUUGUCACCUUGUAGCGGCAAUAGAACUUCCUAUAUUUGAUUUUCUCGAAGAAUUUAGGAAGAUGUUUGGGAGAUGGAAUUACAAUAACCGGAGGAACGGUACAUACACGUUCACAACACUGUCUAAAAAGUUCCAGAAGAUGCUAUCAACAAAUGAGAUUCCAUGUUUACGUAUGACGGUAGAACCAUCAACCGAAUACGUGUACACGGUCCAUGAUGGAGGAAGACGUUUCAUUGUUUGCUUGAAAAACAAAACUUGCAGUUGUCGGAUGUUUCAAAUAGAUGAAAUUCCUUGCCCACAUGCAUGGGCUGUCUUAAAGAAGAAAAAUCUAAAGGCUGAUGAUUAUUGCUCAGAAUUGUUCAAAUCGCAGACCGUGGUGAAAACAUAUUAG